AUCCAUAUUCUCCUUCUCUCUACAUUUUCAUUCCGAAAGUGCAAACGAUGUCGCUAGAAAAAUUUGGACCAUAUGGAGGGCCUGGUGGUGUAGCUUGGGACGAUGGCAAAACGCACACUGGAGUUUCCAAAAUCUCCCUUUCAUAUAAGCCGGGUGAAGGCAUUGGAAGUUUUACUGCAUUCUAUAAGGAGGAUCCCACUACGGGAAUCCCACAUCCAACUGGUGACGAUACCUAUAUAAGAGUGAAUAUUAAACUAGAAGAAGGGGAGGUCAUAACGAAAGUGAGUGGCUACAUUGGUGUUGUGCCCGGUGCCGACACAAAGACUGAAGUCAUACGCUCGCUCACAUUUACCACCAACGAGAAUGAAUAUACAUAUGGGACUGCACAAGGAAGAGCUUUCAGUAGCCGACCAAUCCUAACUAAUUCCCUCAUUGCUGGAUUUGUCGGAAGAACCAGUACUGAUUUUCUGAGUGCCAUUGGAAUUUACGUAUCAUCUUAAAAUAAAACAUGACGUCUCUAGAUGUCUUGGCUUUCGGUUGUUUAAUAUAUAAUAAAUAAAUUCAAAUCAC